CUUUUAUAACACUGAUCAUUUCCACAACAAAAAAAACAGCACUCGUUCUAACUGCCACGUGUAACCUAUCUUCUCCAAGAAUGGUGCCGAUCCUAGUCACUAUAUUCUUUACCUUCCACUAUGAGUCCUCACACGAAGCAAAGAAUCAUACCAAAUCUACCAAAACACUACCCAAACCCCUUCAGAUGAUCAACGGAGACAAUACCCAAGGCGAAAAUCAAUGUCCCUCCAAAAAUUCAAGCUCCUCGCCACUCACUGCAGCACCGUCGCCGAGAGUCCAACUCGCAGCCCCGUCGUCCACCUCCGCCGCCGCAAAACGCUGCGUUUGUUACUCACCCGUUCGUCAGAUCGGUGGCGAUCACCGGAGAUCCAAAAUAACGCCGACGAAUUGACGGGAUCGGAUGGUGCCAGGGGAUUAUCGGGGAAGAGGGAUAAGAUCCGAUCUCGGCGGAAGCUGAGAGAGCUUUUCGUGUCGUCGCCUCCGGUGGAGGAAGGCCGACGUGGCGGCGGAGGCGGCGAUGCGGGGAAUGGAGUGGAGAGGGUGUUACCGGUUAACGGCGUUAAUACUAGUGGAGGUAUUGGAGAAGAGUCAACGGGUCGACGAAUGGGCCUUAACGGCGCAACGAGGCCCAUGUUGUCUGGCACGCUUCGAUGUAGGUUACUACGAAGAGCUUGGCGUCCUGUUCUUGUAACUAUUCCUGAACAAUAAUAAAGCAAAUAAAAGAUUUGACAAUUUUUUUCUGAUUGAUUAAAGUUCGCUUAAUAAGUAAUUUAUGAAUUUUAGUUAAUCCAUAUGUCGUUUAGUAUUUUGUUUUAUAUUUUUGUGUGAAAAGUGUAUUUCUUUGGUAAUAUGUCUCGUUGCAAGUUUUUAGUGAAAAUUACAAGAAUUACUUGUAUUUUUUUU